AUGUGUACGGAUGUGAGCAAGGUGCGCGGGGUGAUGUGUUGUGCGUACGUGCCGAUCGCGGCCCGCGGCGUGGGGCGGCGCCAAGGGCGGGGUCGUGGCGAGGCCGCGCCGCCCGCACGCCGCCCGUAUAUACCCGGCGCUCACGCCUCACCACUCGCCUCUCUGUGUGUUGCAGCACCGGUGAGCUGUCCACCUGCUGGUACAUCUUGCUGUCCGGAUCGGUGUUCAUCGAUGGAUCCAUGUACCUGCCUCGAUCAAGCUGCUGAUGAUUAA